AUGAAAACUCGGUCACCUGAGCCUAAGACAAUCGUCGUCUCUCGUUCGGAGAUCCCCCGUUAGGCCCGGUUCCCUCCCUUGUGAAUUAAAUAAACUCUUUGUAUUCGUUACAUUGAUCUUUAUUUAUUUGUUUCGAGCAUUAUUGCUCUGGCGCAGUUGCCACUUCGCUCUUUAACCAGCCCAAACUUAACUGGCGCUUGUCGCUAGGAUAAUUUAAGUGCGACUUUCAACAUCGCGUUGAUCCCACUUUUGCGAACCUCGUUCUUUUCUAUGUCAGAACCGGAGUUCUUUCCAAGAUACGGAUCCGAUUUGACCGUUCCAUCUUUAACCACCUAUCGUUUCAUUUACACGCACGACAGGGAAAAGAAAGAACUUUUGACUUUCAUCACCAAAAGUCUCACAUCUUUCCGACAAGACUGGCCUGUGGAAGUUACGCGAACUGAAGAUACUGUUACCGUCUGGAUUGCUGAAAAGCUCGCUUUCAACUACGAAGGAAUUCCUGUCAGCUGCCGGGCGUAUUUCGACAAUUGCAAACGUCUAGGAGAUUUUGCAGUCUUCAAGAAAGGACUUGAGAACUACCAUCCCUGGUCUUUCCUGUGGUUUCGGCUUCCUCUCCGACGACUUCCCAUAGCAAGGGUCGUGCUCCCGUACAGACCUGAGGAGGACAUCCCUUGGAAAUCAUACAGUGCCGACAACGGACUUCUCGGCAAACGUAUUGACCGCCUUAUCAGCACUCCUUCUGGUCUUCGAGUCCGCGACUACACAGCCGACUACGCAGAUUUUCACACUUGUCCUCUCAUCAGGAAAAAAUGAAGUACAUCACUGCUUUUUUAUAAUAUAGUUCGCAAUUUCCCUGAGGCUCCUUAAAAUUUCAAGGAAAAAUAUUCCUAAUUUUCCUCAAAAAUAAACAUCAUAUCGAAGGAAA